AUGUCCCACCCCACAUCCCCACCUCAAAUCCACGACGACAAAUCCCCCCACUGCAUCCCCUUCAUCCUCAGCCGUCUGCACACCUACCAGCAAACCUCCAAAACCCCGAACCGCCCCUUCAUAAUCGGCCUGAAUGGCGUCCAAGGCGCCGGGAAAACCACUCUCGUAUCCGCCUUAAAAGAAACAUUAAAACAAAACGAAGGGCUGGAAACACUAGUCUUGAGUAUAGAUGACCUCUACCUGACCCACGACGAACAAGUAAACCUAGCGAGGGAGAAUGAGGAUAAUAAAUUAGUUCAGUAUAGAGGUGAACCUGGGACCCACGACAUCCCUCUCGCCUCCAAAGUCAUCACAUCCCUCCUAGCAGGCGAACCCACCAGCAUCCCCUCCUACAACAAAUCCCUACACAACGGCCUCGGCGACCGUUCUCCAGAAUCGACCUGGGAAACCGUAAACCUGCCCUCACAACCCCCCAUCCGCGUCCUCCUCCUCGAAGGCUGGUGCGUUGGAUUCCGCUCCCUCCCUUCCUCUGCACUCCGUCAAAAAGUCGCCGGGCAAUCUUUAACCCUGAAAUCGCACGCGCUUUCUCAUCUCGAGUUUGUGAAUGAGAGAUUAAAGGGGUAUGAUGUAUUGACUGAUGAAUUCGACGCGUUUAUUCAUAUCGAUGCCGAGGACACGGGGUACGUGUAUGAGUGGCGGGAACAGCAGGAGGAAGCGUUGCGGAGGGACAAGGGGGUGGGGAUGAGUAAGGAGGAGGUGCGGAGGUUUGUGGAUGGGUAUUUUCCUGCGUAUGAGCUAUUUGUGGAGGGGGUUAGGGGUGGGGUGGUUAAGGGGGAGAAGGGGAGGCAGUUGAGGUUGGUGGUGGGAAGGGAUAGAAGGGUGAAAGAGGUUAUUGAGAUUUGA